AUGAGGAAUUGUGUGAUUCUAGUGCUUUCUGUGAUAUUCUCAUCUUCAGAAGCGCCCCCACCGCAAGAAAGCAAGCAAUACAGAUCAGACUAUGAAUAUAAUAGAAAAACCGAUGCAUUUUACAAACUCCAUAUUGAAACUACGCCUCACUAUCUUGUGGAACCAUUGUGUCAAGUGGAAGGAGCUGAGCUGAUGGUUCCUCGGUCAGACUAUGACAUAGAACAAAUGCAUGCUAUGUUCAAGAAGUUCCCUGACAUUGGGAAUUAUGUGUGGGUCGGCAAUGAUGGCAAGGAUCAUGAAUCUGCUGAAGAAGAACCGAUUAUUAAUUUGGAAGAACCACCGAACUUCUCAGAUAGAUUCGGCACCUGCGUGGUUGGCACGCGGACUGGUGAUGUGGAGACAUCAGUCUGCUACCGAGGGCUGCCGUACAUAUGUAAGGUGGCUGCUAUGGACGCGCCUUACGACCGACAUUGCAAUGUUUAUGGGAAAGAUUACAAAUACUAUGCAUCAACGGGAAGUUGCUACAAGAUCUCUAAGAUAGCGUUCCCUUGGAGUGAAGCUUACUCCGAGUGUCAGGCAGAGGGCGCUCACCUCGUGGUGGUAAACUCUGAAGCCGAACACUUAGCCAUCAUGAACCUUACAAGCGCUGCACCAAAGGUCCGCAAUACCAAAGCCUCGUACUUCGUCUUCGCUGGCUUCAGAGCUGAGAAACCCGUCGGAAAUGCUACUGUUGUGUUUAAAACUAUAUUCAAUGAAACUCUAUCACAAGCUGGCUACGAAAACUGGUCGGAUAACGAACCCAACAACUCGAAUGGCGAGUACUGUGGCUCCAUCUUUCUUAACGACGGCAAACUAAACGAUCUCCACUGCCAUGAUUCAUUUGGAUUCAUUUGUGAAAAAGAAGUUUCUCUUUGA